AUGACCGAGAGUUAUUUAACUACAGAUAUUAUUGUUAUCAUCGUUCUAGUCGUCGUACUAAUUUUAAUUGGUGCAUGUGCUUUUUUUACACAUUUUUAUUGGACAAAAAUUGGUGUUGCAGAAAUAUGGAAUACAGCAAAAUGGAGUUCAAUGCGUAGUUCAUUUUAUAAUACAAUGGGUCGUUUUAGUCGAGCAAGUAGUAAUAAAUUAGGUUCUGAACGACCAUUUUCUGCCGCAUCUGUUUAUUCGGAUGAUCCAGAUGGUAGUGCAUUACCAGCUCCAUUACGAAAUAAACAAUCAAAUAUCAUUACUACUUCGAAUAUUCAAUCAUUUUCAACAUUACCCACUCAGCAAAAACCUGAUAAUAUACGUCACAAAUCAAGUAAUCAAGUACAGCCGGUUCCUACUGUAUCAUAUAAUAAAUCAGAAAGAACUAAUUAUGCAACUAAAAUAGGACAAUCUCCUGAAAAUACAAGAAUUCAUAAUAUUCACGAAAACGACGAUAGAUCUCAUCAUGAGUCUGUUAUUAUUGAAACAAAACGUUUUUAA